UACAUGAAAAUCUAAUUGUCAUUUCAGUUAUUUCCAGAAUAUCUUCUGUCACUUCUCUCCAUGUCCUAAUGUUGCAAUUUUAUUUGCAUUCAGAUAUCUUAGCUAAGUUUAGUUGUGAAUGUAUUUACAGAAUUACUCUUCCAUUAGAAUAUCUUCUGACACCAUUUUGCUUAUUAAUUUAGGUUCUGUUUGUUUGCACAGCAAACGUAGUUGAGAUGAUACCAAACCCUCUUUUGGACAGAAUGGAGGUCAUUGCUCUUGCUGGUUAUAUCACUGAUGAAAAGAUGCAUAUUGCAAGGGACUAUUUGGAAAAGACUACUCGUGAAGCUUGUGGUAUCAAAUCUGAACAAGUUGAAGUGACUGAUGCAGCUCUUCUUGCUCUGAUAGAAAAUUAUUGCCGAGAGGCAGGUGUUCGGAAUCUUCAAAAGCAAAUUGAGAAGAUAUACCGCAAGAUAGCUCUGCAACUUGUCCGUCAAGGGGUGACAAAUGAGCAAUCUCUAAAAGUCAGCCUUCAGCAAGGAGCCAAACAGCUUAGAGAGAAAUCUACUGAAGAGCCUACUCAAAUUGCAGAUGAUGGUCCAGGGGGGAAGAAACUUGUGAGGACCCAGCGGGCGUGUGUUUAGUCCCACAUCGGUUAUUUGCUGGGUAGAUCUUGGGUACUUAUACAGGAUCAAGGAACCCAAAUAAUAACUUCCGGCUAGCCAUUUUGGGUGAGGUCUUGGGUUGUUACAAAUGGUA